CGGAAGAACCGAACCUGAAGCUGCUGUCCCUUUCCCUUUAUCCACUUUUUCAUGAUGCUAUUUAUUUACCUUUGUGGCUUCUCACUCACUCACUCACUCACUCCACAAUUGUGAUCUUAGCAAAGCCACAAACAUCAGUGUUACUCUGAAACUAGACCUAGCUGAAGUUAGUGUAAGAGGUAUGAUGGCAUUGGUCUCUGGAAGAAGUUCUGCUCUGAACCCAAAUGCACCUCUAUUCGUACCUGCUGCUCUUCGUCAGGUGGAGGAUUUUUCACCUCAAUGGUGGGAUCUUGUGAAAUCUUCAACAUGGUUUCGUGAUUAUUGGUUGAGCCAACACAAGGAGGAAGAAUUUGAAGAAGUUGGUAAUGAUUCUACUAAUGAUGAUGAUAUGGAGAAUAUUCUCUCAGAAACAUUUGAUCUAGACAUGGAAGAAGAUUUCAAUGUUCUAGAAAACGAGUUUGAGCAGUUGAUGUCCUCUGAAACUCAAGAUUAUCCCGUUCAGGAUGAUUCUAAUGACGGAAAAGGGGCUCCUCAAGGUCUCAACAAGGAUGUUAAAGCUCUUCUUAGUAACUUGACAACAAAAUCAGCAUCACCAAGGGAAAGGGGUCCCAAGUCCCCUUCUGGGCUUGCAAAGCACCUUGAGAAGCCAGCACAGCAUGUGAACAUGAAGAGUGUGUCUCUCCGAAUUCACCAACCUCGUUGAGGAAAAGUUUGAAGCUCGUAGUGAUUGAUAACUUGCCAGAGCUGCAAGUUGCUGACUAGAGUAUGAGAUCUGUGUUGAAAUAAGUUUUGUAUAUAGAGGGUGUGGUGUUUUUGUAUUUUUCUUGUUUAUGGUCUUGUAUAUUUGAUGGAACCCUCGGAACUGUAGGUAGGUGAGACUUUAAUUCUGACCAGCCAAAAUCCGGGAAUAUGUCUAUGGUUGAUGAACUUUACCUAAUCUCAAUUUGGAAAUUAAUAAAUGUUGGAUGGCAUGAGAUGUGUGGAUUUAAAUUCAA